UUGGCUCAGUGGCUGAACAUAAAGCACAGGGGAAAGCACACGGGGUGGGUGGGGGGAAACAGUCCCGUCCUGUCCUGCCAGGACAGCCAUAGGGGCCCCAGCAGGACUCCAGGAAGGCAGAAUCUGGAGAGCGCUGUCACUGACAGGUGUGUUGGACAAGCGAGCCCAACCCUCAUACCUAAAUGACCACAGAAACUCUUUCACGGCCUCCCCCUGUCACUGGAGUGGCCCACAGAGGUCCAGAGAGCUCUGAGGCAGACCUAUUCAGGGAUGUGGUGGAGGACAGGAACGAGGCAGGGAAUGUCCAUGCAACCACCAUGCCAGGGGGCUCUUUUCUCCCCCCCUCGGAUGCUGCCCUCAGCAUCCUUGCCAAAGAGAAGGGACCAGAGGAAUCACCCGCCCCAGAGCAGAACGAUGACCAGGUUGAGAAAGGCCCCUUGCCUCCGACCAUGCCUUCUGAGGGAAUUAAAAUGGCCGAUGAGUCAAACCCGUCGGAACAAGGGCAUGACGUGAAUGGCAUGCAGGAGCCCUCCUCGGAGCAGCCGAAGGCGGAAGAGGCUUCAAGCUUGUUGGCCCAAGAGGAGGGUGGCAGCCAACCGGAGUGCCAUGGCGAGACCCCCGAUGCCUUGUCAGAGCGACAGCAUCCUGUGGCGGUCUCAGCUUCAGAAGAGGAGGAAGAGAGCAGACAACAGCCCCACAGCCCUGAAAGGGACAUCACUGCACCUACGGACUCCCCCAAAGAACCAGAUGUUGGCCCAGAGGAAAAAGGAAGUCCUCCUGCCCAUCAAGGCAAGGCCUCUGAUCUUCCUUCAGAACCACAGAAUUCCACCACAAGCUCAGCUCAGCUCGACCUGGAGGAGGAAAGCAGCACCACAGGUAGCCACAGCCAGCUCUCUAGCGUGGAUUCAGGAUCUGUGGAGGUAACAGAAGUAGCCAGUAGUCCAGAAGAAGCCGACAGCAGCGAAGACAAUGGCCAAGCUACUUAUGCUGCUCUUGUUUCACCUCAGUCCCCUAGCUCAUUGCUACCAGGGCCAAAUUCUCCAAAGAAGGAGGGAGACUGUUGCAUCUCUCCUCGCCAUCAUCCCUCUGCUUCUCCCUCUCCUGCUGAGUCUGAGGGGAUAUCUUCUGUUGGCAGCAUUCAAGAAGAGAUAAAGGAAGGCUGCUCAGAAAUGCCAAGGGAUGGUGAGGAGGAAAGAAGGCCAAGCGAGCCUGUUCCCCCGUCGCUGGCUCCAGAGGAGUCUUCAGGUAGUCUCAAAGAGCAUUCCUUGAGGGAGGACUCAGGAGAUCAUCUCCAGGCAACUGAGGAGGAACAGGUUGCCCAAGAUACUACCUGCCAGUCAGUAGCACCUUCUUCCCUUGGGUUAGCAGACCCUCAGGCCGACAUGGACCCCUCUGGCCAGCAGAGGGCAGCAGUUACAGGUUGUGAGGCCGUUCCCCUGCCAGUGCUCACCCCGUCUCCUGUGGCAACGGCUGGGAUCUUUGGACCUGCCCAUCGGGGCCUGGCUGCUGAGUGUGACGAUGGGCACGCCUGGGAAAGGCAGGCUGUUCACAAACCAAGUGGAGGUGGCAGUGAGGACGACACCAAGCCCCAGGUUGAGGCUGGAGGCAAGGCGGCGGCGCCGGGAUCUGAGAGGGGAGAGGAAGCAGCAACCAGGAGCCCUGAGCCUGAAGGAAACAAGGAGCCAGAGGGUGCGAAGGAGCCUCCUCGUGCCAAAGACUUGGUCAGAGAACUGCCUGGCUUAGAAAGUCCAGUUGGGGCCAGCGAUCCAUCUGGUCCCAGCGAGCCGUCUGGGGCCAUGGUUUUAGCAAGUGCUGAAGACCCGCAUGAGGCCAGGGACAGAGCAGGCUCUCAAGACUUAGCCAGUACCGCAUACCCAGUUCCUGCAGCAGAACACAGUGUUUCCAAUCAGGUCCCCCCCAGGGAAGGAUUGCUCCUUGAUAUAGGAGACCCUGCUGAGCUGGCUUGCACGACGCCCAUCGCUGAUGAGCCCUCUGCAAUGGAUGUCUCCGGUUGUCCCACAGACUGGACAGAAGGUGCCACCGAUUCCCCCGAGAUCCCCCACUCCGUCCCUGAAACUCCAAUUGAGCGGGAGAUCCGUCUCCAUCAAGAGCGGGAAGAGCUCCUCCGUCGGGAGAGGGGUCUGGCCAACCCUCGGGGAACCCAGGAAUAUGUGGAGGUCAGGAUCCGGCCCAUUCUGAAUCAGAGCGCGGGGUCCUCCACACUGCCCAAGGAGAAGGAGCGCCAGUGGGCUGGGGUCCAGAUGCAGCGGGAGAUCCAGCGGGAGUGUCAGCGGGAAGAAGACCUUGUGCAGCUGGGGAAGGUGCGGGGAGCCUAUGACCGUGGCACCCCGAAAGAACUGCAGGAGAAGAAGAUGAUCUUUGAGCAGCACUUCAGCUCCGAGUCUCUGGCCUCCAAGAAGAGGGCGUGCAGCAACAGCACCGAAGGGAGCCGGGGGCCAUCCUUCACCGAGGCCGACUGUGCAACAAAUAUGGUCAUCUUAGACUCGAGGGCUCUGCUGCACUCCCAGCGGCCCCAGCCAGAGAAGGCCUCCUCGGCUAACCCCUUCUUUUGCUUGCGUGCCAAAAGCCCCCAGUCUUUGCUAGAGCAGGAAGUCCAGGAAGCCCAGGAACGAGAGCGGGAGCUGCAGAGGCAGAGGUACAGCCUGUAUGGCUCCGCGUUGCCCUGUCCGUCCGCAGAAACCACGGAGCAGGAAGAGGAUGUCCCCACCCAACCAGAAAGACCUUCUUGCAAGAAGCUAGAUGUCACAUGGCCCCCACCGAGCUCUUCGGAGACCUCCCAGGUGAAUGGCCUGCAUCAGCCGGAGAGAAGCCCUCGCGUCCUUCGUCGCCAGAGAAGUGCCUUAAUUGAGCGCUGGGAGUCCGGAGCUGUUGGCAAGCAAGAGAAUGAGGAUUAGGGGCAGCUGCAGCAAGAAAAGGCACCCUAUCUUCAGUGAUAAGACACACGGGAAGGGAGGAGUCCUUAAUGUGUCCCCUAACCCCUUACAAGCCAUGGCCAAGCUCACC